AUGCGGUGCCCCUGGCUGCCCGGCCAUGGACUUUUGCUGCUCAAGGCGAGUCCCAUGGGAAAAGGCUCCACAUCACCUGCCUGUCAUUGCAAGCAGCUGAUCCCCAGACCAGAGGUGUCCCAUGCGCAGCUGGCCUUCUUCCGGGAGCAAAUGCUUCGCUGGCUGCCCACUGUGCUGGUGCUUCAUGUGCCGCUCUCGCUGACAGACAGUUUGCGGCCGCAUCGCGGCUUCGUCUUGUGUGGUGAUCCUGCUUGGGGAGAGGCCACAGAUCGAUCCUGGCGAGAUGAACGACGGGAUCCCUGGCCGAAGGAGGGCAACGACCGUGCGACUGAGCUUUUCCUCGAGGCAGUCCAAGCAGCUGCGGCGCCGGCCGGGCCUCUUCUUGCAGUCUUGACCGGCCACACCCAUGGUCACGAUGCGACCGUCUUUGGACGCUCCGAGGAGGCGGGUUAUGACAGCAGUCCUUCGGACACCGUGCCGUCUGCUGUCCAGUACAUUUGCGAGCCUUCCAUGCGGGGCGGCCAUCGUUUUCUGAACGUGGUUCUGACCUCCGCCGAAGAAUCCCUCGGAGUCACUUUGAGCAAGCGCACGGCCGCGCAUGACUUACUGUUGGGCCUCACCUGGGCAGCAAUGAAAACAGCAUACGAGCCCGGCGAAGAUCCCGAGAUCGAGCACGAUCUGGCGUGGCGCUGCUGGGGCGGCAUCAAGAAUCUUGAAGCAGCGGCAGCCGACAUCGAGUUGACAGCGGUGGCAGAUGGAAUUGAUGCGCUUCUGCAUCGCACCACCGAGGCUGUCAGGGCCGGCUUAGUGCUCGUGGCACACGGUCUGCGCGGGCUUCUGAAAACAUCGACCAGCAGCUGUCAAGGAGGUCGCAUCUUUGCAACCUGCGAGAGCUGCCUGGAGGCAGUGCAGUGUCUUCUGCACUUCCUGGCCCUUUGGGCGGACCCGAUGCUCUCCUACUCGCCUGGUGUCCGGCUGGAGGUGAUGGGCUGCACGAUGCUGACGGAAAUCAACCAGGCCAUUUGGGCGUGGCAGGACGGCGACUGGGCCACAUUUGGCUACGGUGUAGGGAAGGCCCUUCUGGCUGCAAACUGCUCGCAGUCGCAGACUUGA